AUGCCAGAUUAUUCAACACAAGCCACUCAGGAAAUCCAUUUUCCUGCAACUGAGUACAAGAAGCAUCCAUCAGAGACCAUGCACGCACUACAAUGGAUGGGAAAGAGCAAGGUGAAAGUAAAUGAAGUUCCUCGUCCAGUGAUCACUGAACCAACAGACGUCAUUGUGAGAGUGACCACUUCUACCAUUUGUGGUAGCGAUCUUCACUUGUACUUUGGAGAGUUUGAAGGAAUGGAAAAGGGUGACAUUCUUGGGCAUGAAACCGUAGGAAUUGUUGAAGAGGUUGGAUCAGGAGUGAAAAAUGUAAAGAAGGGAGACAAGGUUGUUGUUUCAGCUGUCAUUAGCUGCGGCCAAUGUGAAUAUUGUCAAAAACAACAAUUCAGUUGUUGCGAUAGAACUAACCCAAGCAGGGCCAUGGAGAUGAUGUAUGGCCAUCGAACUGCAGCAUUGUUCGGAUACUCACAUUUAACAGGUGCUUAUUCGGGCGGGCAAGCUGAGUUUUUAAGGGUCCCCUAUGCUGAUCAAAACGUGCUUGUUGUCUCCAAUCCCAAUAUUAAGGAUGAAACUCUCAUCUUGCUCGCUGACAUUGCUUGUACAGGCUUCCAUGCCACUGAACUUGGUAAGGUCACCUUUAAUGAUAAGGUUUGUAUAUGGGGUGCUGGACCAGUGGGCCUGAUGGCUUGCAUGUGGAGUUUCUAUCGUGGUGCAUCUCAUGUUGUUCUCAUCGAUGGUGAAGAGUAUAGACUGCAGAAGGCAAGACAGGUCUUUGGAGGCUUGAAUGAACUUGGAGGAAUUAGAAACAAGAGUCAGUCAGUGAAGGAAUCUUUGAAGAAUGCCUUUGGAUUUGGAACCACUAGUGGUAUUUCUUCAUCCUCUGAGGAACAUAUUCCCAAGUUCUUUAGAAAGACAUUUGGUGGGCCAUCUUUCACAGAGGAAGAAUAUACAAGCUCUACAAGUAAUGUGAAAUUCAACACCAUUAACUUCCAUAACUGGUCGAACGUCGAUGGAGGUGUUGUCAAGGCCAUUCAAGAACUAAUUCCAGGAGGUCCUGAUGUCUGCAUUGAUUGUGUUGGUUUCAGAUUUGAGAGAGGCCUUCUUCAUACAAUUGAAAGAAAGAUUGGCCUUGAAACAGAUUCACCACAAAUUCUAAAUGAAAUGAUCAUUGCUUGCAAGAAGGCUGGUCGUCUCUCCGUGGUUGGAGAUUAUAUGGGCUAUUGUAACCAUUUCGCUGUUGGUGCCUUGAUGGAAAAGUCGUUGAAAUGGAAAGGAGGACAGGUCUUUGUUCAAAAGUAUUGGAAACACUUGUUGAAGAUAUUCGAGAGUGGGGAAUUGAACAUUGACCCCACAUUUGUGAUUACUCAUCAAGUACCACUUUCCCAAGCAGCCCAGGCAUAUGACAUGUUUGCCAAUUACAAGGACGACUGUAUUAAGGUUCUACUGAAACCAGAACUUAAGAAUAUUGAUGUAAAUAUUUGA